AUGUCGUACAACGACGCGCUCGUGUUCUCUCUUCAUUCCAUCUAUUUCAUCCUUUUCGACCGUUCCACCCUCUUCCUGUCUUUGUCUUUCUCAUCACUCGUUAAUCGCGAUCACAUCCACGAUCGUAAUACUGUCUACAGUCACGUCAAAUCGCUGUCGCUCAUCACCGUAUACGACAGUGAUACCAUCGAGCCGGCGUAUCCUGGCACUUGA